UCUCUGACCCUGUUUUUAUCUCACCACCAAUUACCCAUUUCGUUUAUCUCUCUCUCUAGGUAUUUCUUUGCUCUCUCUCAAUUGGGUGAAUAAAUAUAGCCAGGAAAUCUUUAGCCAGAUAACUAAUCUAAUUCGGCAUCUGUUAGUAAAAGAGGGAGGGUACUGGUUCGCCGAGGCAGUGAGACUUCUGCGAGCUUAGCGUCCUCUCUCGUGGUAUACUUAUUAUUGUAUACUUGUUGAACGUCUGCAUAGUGCGAAUGAGCUCUGGAUGAGGUCGAAUAAUUGCUGUAGUGGGUAGAAAGGAAGAGAUUGAAGUUUACAAUAAUGGGUUCUGUUUGCUGCUGUUUGAGUGUUGAGGAUUUAGAGGAUUAUCUGAAUCCGAACAGUUCUGUGUAUAGGAAUUGCAUGUGUCUCAACUGCUUUGUCCAGAAUUUUGUACAUGUGUAUACCUCAUUAUUCCAACGAGGAGAAGUGCAUUCUGUACCUUCAUCCAUACAGGGGGCAGCAUCAAUGACUUCUGCUGCUUCACUUGACAACUCCCUCUCUGACAUGUAUCGUUCUCCUCCAAGGCCCUUGCCUUAUGAUGCCGAUCCCAGAUAUUUCCGCUUGCAGCAUGAUGGUCUGGUGUCAAGACGUGAGAAGGGUUCAAGUCAAUUCCAUGAGGAGUCAGAACCUUUAAGAAGUGAUAACGAUGCAGAUUCAGAGUCAUUAAGUGUUGGAGACAAGUGGAAUGAUUCCUCUUGUGAAGAUGGAUCAAAAGAAUACCAUUCUAAAUCAUCACUUAAGCUUUCAUCAACAAAAGCGACACCUGGAAUCGGCUACAUUUAUUCUCCGUCAGAAGAGGAGGAUGUCUGUCCAACAUGCCUUGAAGAAUAUACACCAGAGAACCCCAAGAUAGUGACAAAAUGUUCUCACCAUUUCCACCUUGGUUGUAUUUAUGAGUGGAUGGAGAGAAGUGAAAACUGCCCAGUCUGUGGCAAGGUGAUGGCAUUCGAUGAAACGACUUGAUCCUCUCAAGGUUUAUGUCGUGGAUGGAAACAGCAAUGACUGGAGAAAGAAUGAAAACCAAAAGAGAUGUGUAAAGCCCUUUGUGAAUACCCCAAUUAACGUGUUUGUCACCUGCCGUAAAUAUGAA